ACUUUCUCUCUCUUAAAGAAAGAAAACAGCACUUUCUCUCUCUAACAUCUCCACCACCACACCAAACCUCACCUUUCCCAUUUACUACUUUGUCUAUUUCUCUUUCUCAUAUUAUCGCUCGCACCAAACAAACUUUACCCAGUAAUACCCAAUUCCCAACUAUCUCUAAAAAAUAUAUAUUUAUAUUUUUGAAAUAUCAAGAUCAAUCCUUUAAUGCGAAGUGGCGGUUUCGGUGGCGGUGGCAGUGGCUCUAUGUCGACGGUAUCCAGAGAAGAUAACGCUACGGCUAUGUCAUCGGAGGAUUCAUCAAGCCCAGAUGAGUCUGAGCUUGAAUUAGGACUUGGGUUAAGUCUUGGUGGUGGUGGUGGUUUCAAGAAUCAACAUAUUGUAAAGGGCACUCAUAAUUUUAAUCAUUAUGCAAGGAUUUUAACGGCUAAAGAUCUGCCUUGUUCUCAUGUUUCUUCUACGACGUCGUCUUCUUCUUCUUCUACUACUUUAAGUAGAGGUAACGGUAGUACUGCCGGUACUAAGAGAAGUGCUGAUUCUGUUUCUGCUGCUCCUCCUAAUGCUGCUUCUAGCAGUCAGGUUGUUGGCUGGCCUCCAAUCAGAGCUUAUAGAAUGAACAGCAUGGUUAACCAGGCAAAAUCAAUGGCUGCUGAUGAAUUUAACUCAGUGGUUGGGGGAAAUAAAGGUAACAAUACUUUGGUGGAGAAGACAAAAAAUGGAAGCAACAUGAACAACAGUAUUUCCAAGGCUAGGACUUCCCUCUUUGUCAAGGUUAAUAUGGAUGGAAUUCCUAUAGGAAGGAAGGUUGAUCUGAGUGCUCAUGGCUGCUAUGAGGCCUUAGCCCAAACUUUGGAAGAUAUGUUCCUCCAGCCCACCCCAACCAUCAAUGCACUAAGACCAAGCGCUACAGAGCAUAACAUCAUGGCAGAUGGAACAAGAAGGCCGACGCUGCUGGAUGGUUCAUCUGAGUUUGUGCUUACUUAUGAGGACAAGGAAGGGGACUGGAUGCUUGUUGGAGAUGUUCCUUGGGGGAUGUUCCUUGGCUCUGUGAAGAGGCUCAGAAUCAUGAGGACGUCCGAGGCAACUGGACUUGCUCCAAGGUUACACGAAAGGAAUGGAAGACAGAGAAGCAAAGCCUAUCUAGACUCUCCCUUUUAAGUUAAAGUAAGAUGAAGAUAAUAUAUGGCUUGAAGAGUGAUAUACAAAGGAGCAAAAAUGAAGAAAUAAUAAUGAAAGCAUUUUGAAAAGUAAUGACUGGUUUAUUUUUCUCUGCGGCUUUUCUGUUGGUGUUUUUCUUUUUUCUUUUUCUUUUUUUUUAUAUUUUUGGGUUGCUGUAUUAUCCUAUCAUGCUAUUUGUUCAUUCUUGUUUUACAUCUGGAAAUACUCAGGUCACACUUUUGAAAGAUACAACAGUUUUACUUUUUGGUGUAAUUUACAUAUGCAUAGUUCAGCCGAUGCCAUUUACUCAUCCUGUAAAUUCCAAAAGGAUUUGUCAUCCUUGUAAAUGCUUUAGGCUAUCCAUUAUCUUUCUUUCUUCA